AUGAAGGGCUCAUCGGCAAAGCCAGGCAACCCUGCACCAUUCCACUUUGUGGCCAAGCUCAUGGUGAAUUUCCCCAAAGAUGUCCAAAUCACGUUGACCUUCGCCCAGUGGCAUGGUAGCAACUGGUCUGCUUCAGAACCGUCCAAGAAGCUGAUCAAGGCCGCUCUGACCGGCAUCCCCCAUGUGUCCAUCCCUCUUGUUGGCGAUAUCACGCAGCCAUUUGACGAGAUGCACUUCAUGCAUGUGAUCGACGGUACCAAGAAGAAGUCAUCCCGGCAACUUCCCGGCAUAAAUCGCAAGGAGAAGGAUGAUCUCAACCUGGAUGAAGCAUUCAAGGCUCAUCCUCUCGUUGUCAAGGACAAAUCCAAGGAUACCAGCGAUGAUGUAGUGGUCAUCACUGCAGGCGCGCACCUCGCGAUUGUCAUCAAGAACGAGAGAGGCGAGAGAACCUGCAUCCUCGACUACAACUUCAAGAAGCAAAAGACUGUCAGAGAUGGAAAGGAGAACACCAAAAAGCGAACCAUCCCGCCGGGGGGAGAAAGCAAGGAACCUGCAAAGAAGGACUCGGACGGCAGCGCGGCCUCGGCGCCUCUGAAGAAGAAGAUGGGCGGCCUAUCCAUCAGUGAUAUCGGUCUCAAAUACGAGAACAAGAUUCUCAGCAUCUCUUUUACCGCCACCAUGGAACUCGGCCCCGUGGGCUUCAGUCUCAUCGGGUUCGCUCUCAACAUGGAGCUAAGCCUCAACCUGAGCGAUAUCAGGAUGCUGCCUCCUAGCCUGGAAGGCUUCUCAGUUGUUUUCGAGCGCAAGCCCCUUUCCAUUGCCGGCAUCAUCCGCCAUGGAAAGACUCCCGAACUUGAGUACUACGCCGGUGGACUCAUCGUCGGAGGGACGCCCUACCAACUCGAGGCAGCAGGCUUCUAUGGCAAAGCCAAGCCCGAGGGACGAGACCCCUUCGUCUCCGUCUUCGUUUUUGCAAAGCUUGCGGGGCCGCUUGUCUCGCUUGAAUUCGCAGAGAUCUCUGGCGUGACGGGAGGGUUUGGAUACAAUUCCAGCGUCCGCGUGCCCACAGCCGACCAGAUUACCUUGUUUCCCUUCAUUGAUCAGCAUGCCACGGAUAAUGCCGGCGAUGCACUGCAAGCGCUCCAGAAGCUGACCAGCGCGGGACAGGAUGCGUGGUUCCAGCCUGUGCCGGAUAUGUAUUGGGCAGCAGCGGGCAUGAAGAUUGAUGCCUUCCAGAUGAUCGCGCUCGACGCUGUUGUCGUUGUACAGUUCGGCACUUCUAUCAAGCUGGGCAUAUUUGGUGUUGCAUUAGUCGAUGUUCCUAGCAGCCUGUCAGACUUCAAGUUUGCCCAUGUUGAGCUCGGCCUCGCUGUUGUCGUCGAUUUCGACAUUGGUAUCAUGAAAGUGGAGGCGCAGCUCUCCCCCAAAUCCUACAUCCCUCAUCCAAGCUGUAAGUUGACGGGUGGCUUUGCCCUUUGGUACUGGUUUGACGCCCCCCACGCUGAUCAGGCCAAUGUGGGCAACUUUGUCUUCUCCCUCGGGGGUUAUCACCAGGCUUUCAAAGUUCCAGUCGGAUGGCCUGUCCCAGAUCGCCUCAAAAUCAGCUGGGGUCUAGGCAACACCCUGUCCAUCUCGGGAGAAGCCUUCUUUGCCAUCACACCCAAAGUUUGCAUGGGAGGCGACAGACUUCGAGCUUCCUACUCCGCCGGGCCCAUAGCAGUUUGGUUCGACGCUUUUGCCAAUUUCCUGAUCCAAUACCAGCCUUUCCACUUUGCAUCAGAAGCAGGCAUUUGCAUCGGCGCAAGCUUCAACCUGGACAUCUGGUUCAUUCACAUCCACAUCUCGGACGAAGUGUCAGCAGAUCUAUACCUCUGGGGCCCCCCCUUGGCGGGCAUCGUCUCUGUCAACAUCAAAGUAGCCAGAUUCAACAUCCACUUCGGCGAUGACAACAACGGCCCCGGUGCACUGCAGCUCGACCAGUUCUUUGAUCUUGUCUUGCAGGCUUCUAGCAAGAAGAAGGCAGCAACCACCACCACCCCCAUGGCGGUCGCAACACCCAUCAUUCCAAUCAUGGAACCGGAUCAAGCAGCCAGGUUCAAAAGGAUGUCUGACAACGUUGGACAUACCUUCCUGGCGCGGUUAGGCCUCAUGAACGACACCUCUGAUCCAAGCGCGAGCAGAACGCGGAGCAACAACAAAGAAGACAUCAACUCCAAGGCCUCCGGGGCAGGCAGCAUAUACGCCAAACCGAUGAAGACCGAUUCCUCCCUUGCCUCGCACAUGACUGUGCGGAUCACCCAGACCCAGGGGAAGCAGGUAUGGGGAAUGAGUCAGGAGUACAAGUCUGUUCCUACUGGUUUGUGGCAAAAGUACGAUUCAUCAAAAGACCCCUUGAACGGAAAGGGAAAUAACAACAUUGACGACUAA